GGGUGGGGACCAUUUGGAAGAGGACGUCUCGUCGGCAAUGUCAAUCCCUGGCCACCAUCCCACGCCGCUGCGAGUGGCCAAACCCAGAGCUCAGGGCUCAACAUGGAGGCCGGCAGAAGGUGGGAGGAGAUGCAGGUGGACUGCCUGGUCAAUAUCUUCCGCCGGCUCGCCCUCGACGACCUCACCCUCUCGGUGCCCUUCGUCUGCAAGUGCUGGUGGCACGCCUCCCUGGAUCCCUCCUGCUGGAGGCUCCUCGACUUCCGCUCCCUCGACUUCAUGCCCUGGAGCCCCUUCAGCCGGAGCUUCACGUCCCUCUACCGCCUCAAGACCCUCUCCUUCUCCCACUUCAUGCGGCUCGUGGUCGACCGCAGUCGCGGAUCCGCGGAGGAGCUCAUCUUUCCCUUGUCCUUCGGCGCAUCCAUCCAAGACCUGGUCUACGUCUCCAUCAAAUGCCCACGGUUAAAGUCUCUUGCUUUGCCUGAUAACUUGAUGGUAGAGGAUGAUCUCCGCAUCCCGGAUCUCGUCGGAAGUUGGAGAGAUCUGGAGCAGCUCGAGAUGGAGACCAAACCCUCCUCGUUCCUGCGAGUGAUCGCCGAGAUCGGCCGCGACUGUCCCAAAUUCUCCCGGCUCAAGGUGCGCGGUCUGAUCGACAAGGAAGACGCCAAGGCCAUCGUGGAUCGUCUGCCGCAGCUGAAGCACUUGGAGCUCAGCAAAUCCUACUUGACCAAGGAUGAGCUGGUGGUGAUCAUAAGCGGCUGCAGAAAGCUAGAGAGACUGAUCGUGAGGGAUUGCCUCGGGUUUCAGGCAGACGACGAGGUCCUAAGAUUGACAUCAAGAAUCACCAGAUUCGAACACGAGGGUUCCAAACUGCUCGAUGAUUAUGGAUACGAAACGGAUGAAUCGGAACAGCAGACGGGAUUUUUCUACUGGUGAUGAAAACCGUGUGUUCUUUGUUCUAUUUUUCUCCAGCGGACACGCCUUCUCGGAAUAAAUGGAUUAUAAUAGUGUUCAUCUCA